CGGGCCCGUUACUGCGGACGCCCUGCGCCCCGCGCCCAACGCCCGGGGCUGCGCGGGAGCGGCGGGGAGAGGAGAGCGGCCGCGCCGCGGCGAGGCCCGGCUUGGACGCCGCGACUCGGCUGCAGCUGGGGCUCGCCCAGCCCGCGCUCUUUCUCCGGGUACUUCGCGAACAAGUUUUGGAGCACCCGGAACCGCUCGUGCGUGAGGAGUUACUGUUCUGAACCAUGGCUUCAGCAGUCCUUAGCUCUGUUCUCACUACUGCCUCUCGAUUUGCCCUGUUACAAGUUGAUAGUGGCAGUGGUUCUGAUUCCGAGCCUGGAAAAGGCAAGGGCCGGAAUAAUGGGAAGUCUCAAACUUUGGGAAACAAAUCAACCACAAAUGAAAAAAAGAGAGAGAAACGAAGAAAAAAGAAGGAACAGCAGCAGAGUGAAGCAAAUGAGCUCAGGAAUCUUGCUUUUAAGAAAAUUCCCCAGAAAUCCUCCCAUGCCAUUUGCAAUGUUCAACAUGAGCUUCCAUUGCCAAACCCAGCACAGAAGGAGUCUCGGGAAGAGAACUGGCAAGAGUGGAGACAGAGAGACGAGCAGCUGACAUCUGAAAUGUUUGAAGCUGAUCUUGAGAAGGCAUUGUUGCUGAGCAAAUUAGAAUAUGAAGAGCACAAACAGGAUUAUGAAAAUGCUGAAAACGCUUCAACUCAGUCAAAAGUUAUUAAUAAAAAAGAUAAAAGAAAGAACCAGCAGGGAAAAGACAAACCUCUCACAGUAUCACUAAAAGAUUUUCAGUGUGAAGAUCAUAUUAGUAAAAAGGCAGAGGAAUUGAAUUCUUCUCAGACUUUAUCACACGAUGGGGGAUUCUUCAAUAGACUGGAAGAUGAUGUUCAUAAGAUUCUUACUAGAGAAAAAAGAAGAGAACAACUUACAGAACAUAACGGAACAGAUAAUUGUCCCGCUCCGGAGCACAACCAGGCAUUGGGUCUAAAAGACGGAAGAAUUGAAAGACUAAAGUUAGAACUUGAAAGGAAGGAUGCUGAAAUUCAGAAGCUCAAAGCUGUGAUCACCCAGUGGGAGACAAAGUAUAAAGAAGUAAAAGCAAGAAAUGGACAAUUAUUAAAAAUGCUUCAGGAAGGAGAAAUGAAAGACAAGGCAGAGAUACUCCUGCAAGUGGAUGAAUCACAGAGCAUCAAGAAUGAGCUGACGGUCCAGGUGACUUCACUUCAUGCUGCAUUGGAACAGGAAAGAUCUAAAGUGAAAGUAUUACAGGCAGAAUUAGCCAAAUACCAGGGCGGCAGAAAAGGGAAAAGGAACCCUGAGUCUGACCAGUGUAGGUGAUUAUGGCAGCCUUUGAAGUCAACACACAGAUUUUUCAGAAUUCUGCAAAAAAAUGUGUAUAUUUAAUACUGUGUAACUGCUAGACUGCAGUUUUUGUUGAAGGAACUAAAAGUAACUAGCUCACUCAUAGUCUACAAUUUUAUGUUCUUUUGGCUUAAAGUUAAAAGAAAAUAUAGAAUACCAGCAGAACUUGAUUAUUGUUUUCUGUCCAAACUUCUUAUGACUUUAGUUUUUCAUCAGUCAAUAAAAUUAAUUUACUCUUCCA